AUGUUUUCUUUUUAUAAUCCUCUAAUCUUUCGUUUUCUUUUCUUUUACCCUUCUUUCUUUUCUUUCUUUCUUUUCUUUCUUUCUUUCUUUCUUUUCCUUUUCUACUUACCUAUUUAUGUUUCUUUUUUAUCCUCCCUAAUCUUUUCGUUUUCUUUUUCUGAUUACCCUUCUUUCUUUUUCUUUUUCUUUCUUUGCUUUCUUUUCUUUCUUUUCACUUUUCUGUUAAGACUUACCUAUUUAUGUUUUCUUUUUUAUAAUCCUCUAAUCUUUCGUUUUUCUUUUCUGAUUACCCUUCUUUCUUUCUUUCUUUCUUUCUUUCUUUCUUUCUUUCUUUCUUUUCACUUUUCUGUUAAGACUUACCUAUUUAUACUUACCUAUUUAUGUUUUCUUUUUUAUAAUCCUCUAAUCUUUCGUUUUUCUUUUCUGAUUACCCUUCUUUCUUUCUUUCUUUCUUUCUUUCUUUCUUUCUUUCUUUCUUUCUGUUUUUCUUUUACUUUCUUUCUUUUUUCUUUCUUUCUUUCUUUCUUUCUUUCUUCCUUAUAUUCCUCUAUUAUUGUUUUCUUUUCUGAUGACGCUCAUUUAAUUCUUUUUUUUGUUUAUUUGUUCGUUUGA